AUGAAAUCUUUGAAAUGUUGUUUUGGUAGUGAUGGUUUCGGAAGUCAUCAUCAUCAUCAAUUACACAAGGAUGAAGAGAGGAAGAAGAAUUCUGAACUAGUAGUAGAAGUAUCAUUAUCACUCGUCGUUUCUGAGAAUGAUCAAGCUUCUAAUACGGACCUCAUUCACGACUCAUCAAUGAGGUUGAUUGCAACAAACCAAUCCUUCCAUGACUAUGAUUCAAAGAACAACAACAACAACAACAACAACAAACUCAUUCAUAAUACGGCGACGAUGAAGAAGACGACCACUGCUAUUCUAUUUAGAAGAUCAACAACAACAACAACAACUAAUUUCUUCAUUGAUUCUCAUCCAUUCUGUCAUUCUCUUACAACAACAACCUCUGAACCACUACCACCACCACCACCACUACCACUAACAACGACCAUAACACACUCAUCUUCACCACCAUUCAAGAAAGACUCAUCACCUAAAUUCAUCAUGAUUGAACCACUCCACCAACGUCUGGUCGAUACACUCUUCAUGAGGACCACUCCACCAACGUCUGGUCGAUACACGAUCAACGAAAGAAAGAGUAUCAACAUCCUCACAAGGAAGAAUGAGAAAGGAAGAUUUGAAUUGUUCUUCAUCGCAAUAAUAAUGUUCAUCCUUUUGGUGUUUCAGUUGAUGAUGAUGACCCAAAUUUGUCACAACUUCCAAACCAACCCUUGUUCCUUCUUGACAAGAGGCGUCUCUUCUUUUGUGGUAGUGGAGGCCUUUCCACAGCUAAACACACACACCCUCAACACCUUGUUCCUUCAUGAGGAAGCCACUAAGAAAACAUGCAAUCCCAACGAAAUUUCGGUGGCGAAUGGAGCAGCAUGUAUUCCCUCUUUGAAAUCUGCAAAAAUUCGAUUAACGAUCUCUUCAAACACCAUUCUCUUAGAUCACUCUGGCACAUCACUCACAUCAUCAGCCACCACUGUAACUGCCAAUAUUAUGGAUCCAAAGUUCAAUAACUUCUAUGCUGGGAAUGAAUCAAGAUUGUUGUAUCGAUUCAAUGUGACAAUUGUCAAACCAGCCAAUCUUACUCAUGUCUCUUCAUUCACACAGAAUAGCACCAUUUACAACUUACCCACUGACUUGCCAUUGGGUGUCUAUACUGUUUCAUUUGAAGUCAUUGAUUCUUUAUAUAAUGUUGUCAAUGGAUUUCUCAUCCAAGAUGAAUGGGUGAAUGUCAUUUCCGUAGAUGAUAUUGCAAAUAAUCCAAAAGGAAGAAUUGGAAACAUGUCACCGAGUGAGAUUCAUAAAGUAACUCUCGAUUUGAAUUCCAUUCCAAACUCAAAGAAGGAACAAGUUAUUGAUGCCAUUGCAGAGACGUUACAAAAUUUGGCAACCCUUUCAGCAAAUGAUGGCCUGCAAAUGGUCAAGAGUUUGCAACUUGUCACAAAUGCGUCAAAUGCCAAUUACGUAUCAAAAGACUCUAGAAAUAGAAUUGCAGAAACCAUCUCACGAUAUUCAACUUCCUUAGUGACGUUUGUGAAUGACAGUUCCAUAGUUUCCUCACAAACAUUUCUACCUCUCGUCACUGAUCUUAUUUCAGUGGCUUCAAAUAUUGUCAAUCUUGUCAAACUUUUCAAGAAUGAUCCUUCCAAGAAAGAAUCUCUUGUGGCAGUUCAAAAUUCUGUCUCUCUGAUUGCUCUAUUGAAUGAUCCUUCGAAUAUUGUGAAAAUUGAAAGUGAGAAUUAUUUCGUGAUGGUUUUGGAUGCCAAUCAUCCAUCUUUAAAAGAUUCAUCCUCUCCAACUUUAAUCAUGAAUGAAAGUUCCAAUUAUACCUUAACCUUACCUUUAACUCCAUUGAUAUCGAAAAAUAUGGGAAAUGUUUCGUUUGGAUUAAUCAAGUAUGAAAAUGAUCUAGUGGCUUCAUGGAGAGAUGUCCUCUCUAUUAAUGAAAACCACAGUGACAAUAACUCUGAUGGAAAUUUCAAGUCAAUCACCUAUGCUGCCUCUCCUAUUGUGCAAUUUCGACCUCUUCUCAAUGGAUACUAUUAUCCAGUGAAUGGCCUCACUCAAAGAUUUAAUUUAACAUUUCAUGUCAAUGACUUGUUAUUCAUGAAUCAAACAGAACUUGAUUCCUUCUUAAAUAUGGAGGAUACUACAAUAAGGAGGAAUAUUACAAAACGUUACAAGUGUUAUUAUUGGAAUGAAACAUUGUCACAAUGGCUCUCUAAUGGAUGUGAAACGUAUCCAACCAAUGUCGAAAAUCAAAUCAUUUGUUCAUGCGAUCAUACCACACGAUUCUCUGCAUUUGUGGAAUUCUCAUUACAGAACUCACAAUUCAAUGAUUGGAAUGAGAUUGCCAUCACCACCAUUGUGAUCGAUUCCUUAUUUCUUAUUGUCAUUUCCUUACUUGUCAUUUUACUCAUUGUCAAACGAAAGAGUCAACCCGUGAAAAGUCGAUAUAUCACACCCUACUUGGCUCUUAGUGCCUUAUUUGUGGAAAGCUUGAUGAGUGGAGUACUUUCUAAAUCACUUUUAUUGAGAUACUAUCAGGACAAUCCAUCCUCUAUGGUCAUUUCAAUAAGUAAUCAUAUUAGUAGCAUGAUUUCAACUUCACUCUAUGCGACAGCCGUGUGGUGUUACAUGAUCAUGUCUUUUCGAUAUUUAAUUCAUCGAUAUUUCUAUGAAUGGAUGAUGAAAGCAUUCGAAUAUAACAAGAAGGAUUCUCUGAUCAAGUACUUGUGCAUUCUGAAGAGACAGUCUCUACUUGUCAUUUCAAGCUUGUUGUUUGGAUUGUGCAUUGCUUUCUAUUUUUCCAUUUUUGUCAUUUUGAGAGGUGUCAAGGUUUUUAGUGACACUCAAUUCACACAAGCCACUUCGAUAUCACUGUUUGUGAUCAUGCUCAUCAUGACAUGUCUCAUUAUUGCAAUCUAUGUAGCUGAUAUUUAUUUGGAUUUUACAAACAAACAAAUACGAGACGAGUUGGUAGAUAUUUCUGAAGAAAUGAUUCAAAUUGAAAAGGAACAACAAUUACAACAACAACAAACAAAUCUUAUUCAAGUCAACUUCUCUCAAUGCUUCUCCUCCUCUCAAUUAUCCUCUCAAUGCUUCUCCACUCAAAUAGACAAAUCCAAGACGACUGGUAAAAAUUCUCUGGUGAACUUGCUGUUUUCCAGAAUACGACGUCAACCACCACCACUCGCUCUCAAAAAAGUCAUUGAAUUGUUUUCAGUGAAUGACAAACUCAUGUUUCGAGCAGAAGUUAUUUUUUUCCUUUUGGGAAUGUUUUGUUUUAUUGUUUCGUAUGGAAUUGGAUUCUCUACGAUUGAUUUAAGAUUUUCACAAACGUUAAAUGAUUCCAAUGAUAUUUAUUAUCAUUCGAAAUUAACAUCUCUUUUGGAUGGAAUUGGAUUUCUUUUUGAAGUGUUCAUGACUUGGUUCUUUAUUGCUGCAUUUGGAGGUUUUGCAUGGCUGUGGUCUUUGAUCAUUCAAAUUCGUCAAUGGAAAUACAAACAACAAACCAUGAAUUCCUCAACAUAUGGGCAGAACAACGUCUUGACAAGAGAAGAAAUUAAUCUUCUCUCCGAAAAGUAUGAAAUUUACAAACUCUUGAAAAAUCAAUAUUUACUUACCAUUUUUAGACAAUAUUGCAAACUUGAAAUGUCAUUGGAAAAUUACAUCAUUUGGAUGAAAAUUGAAAAUACUCGAAAGAAUUUUGGAGAUUUGUGGCAAGAUCCUGAAACCACUCCUCCUCACAUGACCAUUGCAACCACUCAACAAGAAGUGACAAGUACCAUCACAACUAGCACUAGUUCUACUGCAUCGAAUUCUUCUGAAACAUUGAAGGCAACAACUGAAACAACCCUUAAUGAUGCACAAGAAAAAGAAUUCAUUCACCUCUCUCUUCAUGAUUUUGAACGUUGGAAACAACUUAUUUCAGAAUUAACUCAAUGGUAUCAUGUUCACAUUCAAGAUCAUGCAGAAAUGGGAAUCAACUUGAGUGGAGGAGCAAAAAGAAAAUUUGUUGGAAUUUUGCAAUUGUUGGAAACUUCAUUCCACACGGUCACACCGACGGCGACGAUGAUGACUAGUGAAAGGAUGCUUUUUGAAAAAAAGACAUUUUUAGCAUUGAAAGAAGAUUUAGCAAGUGCUUUGGAGAGUGUCAUGAGUGAUGUCAUUUACAACUUGUUGGACACGUAUGCGAGAUUUAAUGUCUCUGAGGAAUAUAAAGUGGUGAAGGAAAUUGCGACACAAAAGGAACGAAUUUCACUUGAAAUUUUCAAAUAA